AUGAAUGUUAGACCUAGGCUUUCCGAAGAUGUUUCGUGGCUUACAGCUGAUUUCAGUUCCAUUUUGGUUGUUGUUGAUAUGCUUUUGAGUUUCUUUUGUGUUCAAUAUGUCCAACGGAUACAUACUCUAUAUGUAAGCAGUGCGGCAGCUAUAUACUCAGAUUUGUUAAGCGAAGCAGUUAAAGUCUUUGAUAGCAUGUCUAGUGCAGGAGUUUCUGCGGAUCCAUAUACUUACACUAUUCUAAUCAAUGGACUUUGCAAGCGUGGUUUAUGGAAGGAAACUACUCCCUCUAUUUCUAAAAAUAGAAACAGAGGGAAUAUAAGAUAUUUUGAUGAAAUGGUGGGGAGGGGUAUUUCGCCCACUGUAGUUACUUUUAACGUAUUAAUAAAUUCUCUGAGUAAAGAGGGGAGGACGGAAGAAGCUUCUAAGAUAUUUCUGCACAAAGAACCCGAUGUAUAUACUUAUAAUUCCAUGAUACUGGGUCUGUGUUUGACAAGUAAUCUAGAGGAGGCGCACCGAUUGUUUGAUUCGAUGGCGGAUAAGGGACUCAAACAAGAUGCUUGCAGCUUCAAUCUGUGGAUGAAAGCAUACUGCAAGAGGUCUGGGUUGGAUGAAGCCAUUCAACUCUCCAAAGAAAUGCAAAAGAAGGGAUUGAAACCGGACAAAAUUACCUAUAAUACACUAAUAGAUGGCCUAUGCAAGAUCGGGAAAGUUCAAACAACACAGAGCAUGUUUACUGAGAUGCAAUCUUAUGGGGUAUGUCCGAGUAUAGUUACAUAUAAUGUACCUAUGAAUGGGCUUUGCAAAGCUGGAAACAUUGAGAAGGACUUGUGGGGGAUGUUUGUUGAAGCCGAAAAACUGAUCAUUGAAAUGAAAAAUAAAGGUUGCAUGCCAGAUGCAACUACGUAUGAUACCAUUGUUAGGGGUUAUCUUGAGGGAAAUUGUGUUGCAAAAGCAUUAGAGUUUUUCAAAGAAAUGCGAGGAAGGAAGUUAUCACUGAACGAUACCACUAAAUCUCUGUUAAUCAGAUCCUUGUCUGCAGAUCAACUCAACAACUUGGAUUUUCCUGAAACCUAG